CCCUGCAUGGGAUUCGAACCUGCGAACCCACGCGGAGUAAUGAGAGGUGCGGUGGCGAGCGUAUUCCUAACGCUUAGCCCGUUGAGCCACACAGCCGCGUUUCAAUUUGCUGUCGUUUUUAGCGGCAUGUUAGUUGCAUCUCGCCAUUGGUUUGUGGCAGCUAAAAUGUCAAAGACCAUUGUUUGGCAAUCCCUCCAUGGUAUUGCGGCAGCUUCAAGUGCCACAGAAUAUUUAAAACUGCACUUGCCAUUUUAUAGGCAUCACAAUGCUAUAUCUUUAUUAUUGUUAGUUACCCUUUUAUUUCCUUAUAUGUAACUCGAGUAUUGUAUUCUGAAACUUGAAAUAUGGUUUUUAGUUAAAAUAUUGAAAUAUUGUUUACGAAAAUACGUACUGGUAUGAUACAGUAAUUAGCAUAACGAAUAAAAAAACAUUGAAAAAUACAUAAAUAAGAACUGUUUUAAAAAAAAAAGGAGAGCAAACAAGAUUUGAGUAACGAUAAGCGACAGAAUAUUUGACCCAAUUAGAUGAAUACUGAAAAAAUUUUGUGCUUGCAGUGUGCAGUUCAGCAGUUAAUGUUCUUAGUUGAAGCUGAAACUGUUCAAUCCGAGGAUAAUUCAGAAAAGAAAAUGGAUAAAUUGCCGAAUAUGAUGGAAUUAGAUGACCCUGAUCCAGAAUCACCAGAACAACCUUCAACUUCUCAUGAUAGAGAAGAUCCCACAACAUCUCAAAAUGCUUCACAAGAACAAAGUUUACCUGGCACAAGUCAAGCUUCGGAUCUUGGUCGAGAUCUGGAUUUACUGAUGGAAGAAGCUAAAAAGCUUGAAGCUGCGCGAGUUCUGUUAUCUAAUCUAGAACAAGGCUUCAAGCAACCUCAGACAGUGGAAGAACUGAAACGACAGAUAGAUGAGACAGAGAAAGGAAAUCGGCAAUUAGAGAUGAUGAUGCGUCAACAAGCACAAGAGAUGAAACAAAUAAAGAAAGAAAAUAAGGAAUUAAGACAAAAGAUAAAAGAAUCUCAGUCUUCAAGUCAAGCUACUUCAUCUGGUCUAAGAACCAUCAACCAACAACCACCUGGUGGAGAAAUGUCAGUGGAAAGAUUACAUGAAUCACUGUCAGGAUAUAUACCAUGGGACACUUAUGUCAUCACCUACUCGUUCCCUGCUGGAAGUCUGAAU